AGUUUCCUUCUCGGUUAUCCUUUCGGCUACAAAUAUUAAUAAUUUUCGACUAAAAAAAGUUGAUUCAACUGUCGGUGAUGGUUCUGGAGAUAUCAAAGGUGCUGUAGAUGUUAACUUGGUAGAAAGUAUAUAUAGAGUGUACGUAUGCGAACCAGGGACCGUCUUCUUUAGCGAGGUCGCCAGGUCACGCUUAAUUAUAAAAAAUCUUCCAAAGAAUUUGACCGAAACAAAAUUUCGCGAACAUUUCGCGACAAAAGGAAGAGUGACUGAUGCCAAGAUCAUGAAGACUCCAGAAGGGACAUCCCGGUGUUUCGGUUUCGUCGGGUACAGCACAGAACAAGAGGCAAACAACGCAUUGAAAUAUUUUCAUAAUACUUUUAUCUUUACUUCACGGAUAGCCGUAGAACGUGCAAAACCUGUUAAUGAUUCGUCAUUGCCACGGCCAUGGAGCGCGCAUAGCUUGCGAGAGUUUAUCGAAGUUAUGAAACCAAGAUCGAAAUCAAAGACUUGGGCAAACGACGACUUGACAGCCUCGGAAAACCAGGAAAGUAAGAAUGGAAAGAAUAUUAAGGAAAUUAUUAAAGCACAGGAAGGUUCGGAUGAUGAGCUUUAUCAGGAUAUGCCAACAAAAUCAAAUGAUGCUGGGAAAGUUUUGAGCUCGGAUGAUGAGGAGGAUAGUUCUGAUAGGUCAGAUGAAGACGAUGAUAAAUUAAAAGAUGUCAAGAAUUCCGUGUCCGACACCGAUUGGCUCAAAUCAAGAAUGAGAAGAAAGUUAGAUUGGGUUGCGGACGAUGAGGAAGAUGAAGAGGAUUCUUUGUCCGAAGGUGAAUCCAAUAAUGCUGGAAACAUUAGAAAAAAGAGAAAGGUCGAGUUUGCGGAUGAUGUCGAAAUUAAUGAUUCUGAUAACCAACAAAGUCCCAAGGACAAAGAUUCGAUGAUGCAAGACGAGAAUCCUCAUAAUGAGCGUAGCAAUACUGUUGAUGAGCUGCCACCGGAAGAAUCUAUUGGUGAAACUGGUCGCUUGUUUGUUCGUAAUCUACCUUACAUAUGCACAGAAGAGGAUUUGCGGAAAGAAUUUAACAAGUUUGGACCACUCGCUGAAGUUCACAUGCCACUCGACAGGGAAACCAAGAAGCAGAAGGGAUUCGCUUACGUUCUAUACCACAUUCCCGAACACGCUGUGAAGGCAUAUAUCGAACUCGACAAUAAGUUUUUCAUGGGACGAUUACUACACAUCUUGCCUUCGAAAGAAAAGCCCCAGUCACAACAUCAAGAUCCAAGCAAGUGGAGCUUAAAGAAGAAAAAGGAAAUGAAGUUAAAGAGUCAGGCGACGAAUGACUUCAACUGGAGUACGCUUUACAUGAAUAGCGACACCAUUGCCGAAUCGAUCGCGCAUCGGUUCAACAUUAAAAAAUCGGAUAUCCUAGACCCAGAGUCCGACAAUUUGUCCGCCCGCCUUGCUCUCGCGGAGACACAUAUCAUUCAAGAGACAAAAGCUUACCUGGAACUUAACGGGGUUACAUUGAAUUCUUUUGAAAAAAAAGAAAGGAGCGACACUGUGAUAUUA